CUCCCCCCCCUCCCCCUCCCCCUCCCCAGGGCAUCGCAAUUGCUCUUCCAGCAUGGCUUCCAACAAAUCUCCGGAUGCCAUUGCACCGGUAGAGCAUCCGCCCUCCCUCUCCGACGGCUCAACGGGUUCCGCCGCCAGGAUCAUCCAUAAUGCCAAAGCCGCUACCGAUAAGGAGCGGCAGAUGACCCUGUGGCAGGGCGUCAAGCUCUACCCCAAGGCUGUCGCAUGGAGUGUCCUCAUCUCUACCUGUAUUGUCAUGGAAGGCUACGACAUCAGUCUGGUCAACAAUUUCUAUGCCUUUCCUCAAUUCAAUCGGAAAUACGGUGAGCUGACGGCGGACGGCUCAUAUCAGGUUCCAGCCCGGUGGCAAUCCGGUCUGAGCAACGGUGCAUAUGUCGGAGAAAUCAUUGGUCUUUUCAUCAACGGCUGGGCGUCCGAACGGUUUGGAUAUCGGUACACCAUCAUGGCUUGUCUGGUUCUCAUCACCGCCUGGACUGCCAUCUUCUUCACUGCGCCCAAUGUCCAGGCCCUGCUCGCCGCGGAAAUCCUGGCUGGUAUUCCCUGGGGAGUUUUCCAAACACUUACGAUCACCUAUGCUUCCGAGGUCUGCCCCGUUGCGCUGCGGGGAUAUUUGACGACGUAUGUCAACUUCUGCUGGGGUGUCGGCCAACUGAUCGGUAUCGGAGUGAUCAAGGCUAUGAUCCAUCGGCAAGAUGAAUGGGCUUAUCGCAUUCCCUAUGCCCUCCAAUGGAUGUGGCCCUUGCCGUUGUUCAUUGGCAUCUCUCUCGCCCCCGAGUCGCCUUGGUGGCUCGUUCGCCGGGGCAAGAUCCAACAAGCGAAGGACGCCUUGCUGCGCCUGACCAGUCUGAACCGGGAAACGGAUUUCGACGCCGAUGAGACCAUUUCCAUGAUGGUCCACACUACCGCCUUGGAGGAAAAAAUCACCAAGGGUGCCAGUUACCUCGAUUGUUUCAAGGGCACCGAUCUGCGCCGGACCGAAAUCGUCUGUAUGGUCUGGGCCAUUCAGAACCUCAGCGGCAAUUCCUUUUCCAAUUACUCGACGUACUUCCUGGAGCAGGCUGGGCUAAGCACCGACAACUCGUAUGCUUUCGCCAUGGGCCAGUACGGAAUCAACAUGGUGGGCGUGUUUGGCGCCUGGUUUCUUAUGUCUGUGGGCCUGGGACGCCGCUCUCUCUACCUGUACGGUCUCUGUGGGUUAUGUGUCAUGCUUCUCGUGAUGGGCUUCCUUGGGCUCGUUCCUGAAUCGCACAAGACCCAGGGCGCGUUGGCGACAGGCAGCAUGAUGAUCGUCUGGGCUUUGUUCUAUCAGCUCACUGUCGGAACCGUGGCAUAUUCCCUUGUGGCUGAGCUGUCCACCCGUCGUCUGCAGAUCAAGACCGUGGUGCUCGGCCGCACGCUCUACAACAUUGUCGCCAUCAUCUGCGGUGUCCUGACCCCGUACAUGCUGAACCCCGGUGCCUGGAACUGGAGCAACUAUGCCGGUUUCUUCUGGGGCGGGAUCUGCUUCCUGUGCAUUGUUUACGCCUUCUUCCGGGUGCCGGAGCCCAGCGGCCGGUCGUUUGCCGAGCUGGACGUCCUCUUUGAGCGGGGAGUCAGCGCACGGAAGUUCCACCUGACGCCGGUUGAUGUGUUUGACGAGACGGUAGAUCGGGAGGUGGUGGAGCACUACCAGACCGAGAAGACCGUCGUCGCUGAGGGGGCUCAGGCCGAGAAGGCGGCCGCGUGAAGAGCUUCUUUCCUCCUUGUAAUACUUUAAUAAUAUUAGAUGUACAUAGUUACAUGUUCGAUCAUGAAAUACGACACGAUUAAUGAUUCC